AUGUUUUGCAACUGGCAUCAUCAUCUUAUUCUCUUCGCACUGCUUGUUACGAACUCAAAUCUAGCUGUGGAAAUAACCAAAGAAUCGAUUCUGGCACUCAUACCCCAGGUGAUCUAUGAAGACACUUAUCGAGAAAUACGUGAUCAUGAUCUGCCAAUGCUUCACCGUACGUCUCGUCAAAUGCAAAAGAUGAUUGUCAAAAUCACUGAAAAAUACUCCACUAUGCAGGAUUACAAAGAUGUUAUUAAUCAAACGUGUUUGACAACAUCAAUAGUUCAUAACAUGACCGUACUGUCAAGAAAUUUAGCACGAAUCAUGAACGAAGAAGUACCAUUGAUGGAAGAGAAAAUCAAUCAGACUAUCUCAGAACUAGAAGAGAUCCGAGUACGACUCGAUCACUUUGCGGAUGAGGUCAAGCAGCAGCCAGUAUCUGAAUUCAAUAUAGAAAAGCUGAAACGAUUGCAGGCGCUAACAAGUUCGUAUAGCAAGUCAAAUGAUAAAAUACAACAGAUUAAUCGACAACUAUCGCAAAUAUUGAAUGAGAUCGUUCAUCCUGGUCUUGCUUCGAUAGAUAAAUAUAAUGCAUGUUUAGCUACAACAGCUCAGUCAUUGUUAGAUCAUGGAAUCGAUCAAUUAAUGAAAAACGAAGAUGAUGCUCAACUUACUGCCGAAGAACUCUUGAAUUACAAUCGUACUGAUUUAUGA